CGUAUUUACAAAUUCGAAAGAGUAUUGAAACCUUCAAUUCUUGCAGCAAAAAAGGCAUGAGAGAAAGAAAAGGAAGAAAACUUCAACUCCAUAUACAGAAGUGGGUCACUCUCCUACUUUCUCUCUUAAUUCAAACACACAUAUAACUCUCACCUUCAUCGUCUCCUAAUCCUCCUCCUCUCUGGUAUCAUACUCUUCCACACUCCCAUUUUUAAAAAUCCACAUCCAAAACUUAAACAAUUCUCGAUUCUUUCUACACAUUUCAACUUAGUUAAGAUCAGCGAUCACAAUUUGGAUUUCAAUUCUCUUGCUGAGACAUUUGUUGCGACGUAGAGGUGCAAGACGAUGGGAGAUGGAGCUGUGGAUGAUAAUGGCGGUGUCGCCGGAGAUCAACUGGUUACGCCAUGGAAUUUGUCCAUUUCCAGUGGGCAUAAUUUGUUACGAGACCCACACCAUAACAAAGGGCUAGCGUUCACAGAAAGGGAAAGAGAUGCUCAUUACUUACAUGGUCUUCUUCCUCCCACUGUAUUUACACAAGAACUUCAAGAGAAAAAAGUAAUGCACCUAAUUCGACAAUACGAAGUCCCUUUGCAAAGAUACAUAGCCAUGAUUGAUUUACAGGAGAGAAAUGAACGAUUGUUUUACAAGCUUUUGGUGGAUCACGUGGAAGAACUACUUCCAGUUGUAUACACUCCAACUGUAGGUGAAGCUUGCCAAAAAUUUGGAAGCAUUUUUCGUCGCCCUCAAGGACUUUACAUCUCUUUAAAAGACAAAGGUCAGGUUCUUGAAGUGUUGAGAAAUUGGCCCCAAAGAUUUAUUCAAGUUAUCGUUGUUACUGAUGGUGAGAGAAUAUUGGGGCUAGGUGAUCUUGGUUGCCAGGGGAUGGGGAUUCCCGUUGGAAAACUUUCUUUGUAUACCGCGCUCGGAGGCGUUCGUCCUUCAGCUUGUUUACCUAUAACGAUUGAUGUUGGCACAAAUAAUGAAAAGUUGCUUAACGAUGAGUUCUACAUUGGUCUCAAACAACAUAGAGCCACAGGAGAGGAGUAUGCGGAGUUGUUAGAGGAGUUCAUGACGGCUGUGAAGCGAAACUAUGGGGAAAAAAUUCUUGUACAAUUUGAAGAUUUUGCAAAUCAUAACGCGUUUGAGUUGCUUAACAAAUACCACAAUACUCAUCUUGUUUUUAACGAUGAUAUACAGGGUACGGCUUCUGUUGUUCUUGCCGGUUUGCUUUCAGCUCUCAAGUUACUCGGUGGGACCCUCUCGGAUCAUACAUUCUUAUUUCUAGGUGCCGGAGAGGCUGGUACAGGAAUAGCAGAGCUUAUUGCACUCCAAAUAUCGAAGCAGACAAGUGUUAAUGUGGAAGAGGCUCGAAAGAAGAUUUGGCUUGUUGACUCAAAGGGGUUGCUUGUGAGCUCCCGUAAAGAAACCCUUCCACACUUUAAGCUUCCAUGGGCUCACGAGCAUGAACCCAUUAACAAUCUUUUAGAUGCCGUAAAGGAAAUCAAGCCAACAGUGCUAAUAGGAACAUCGGGAGUUGGGAGACAAUUUACACAAGAAGUUGUCGAGGCCAUGUCAUCUAACAACGAGAAACCACUCAUUAUGGCUCUAUCGAAUCCAACCUCACAAGCCGAGUGUACCGCCGAAGAAGCAUAUACAUGGAGCCAGGGUCGAGCAAUUUUCGCUAGCGGAAGCCCAUUCGAUCCCAUGACAUAUGAAGACAAAGUAUUCGUCCCCGGCCAGGCAAACAAUGCUUAUAUAUUCCCGGGAUUCGGUUUGGGAUUAAUCAUGUGUGGUGCUACUCGUGUGCAUGACGAUUUACUUUUGGCCGCAUCCGAAGGUUUGGCAUCACAAGUAACGGAUGAAAACUUUGCCAAGGGAAUUAUAUAUCCACCAUAUUCAUGUAUCCGCAAGAUUUCAGCACAUAUUGCAGCCUCUGUUGCUGCCAAGGCAUAUGAACUUGAUCUAGCUUCUGUGCUCCCACGUCCUAAUGAUCUUGUUAAAUUCGCUGAGAGCUGCAUGUAUUCUCCAACGUACCCUAACUACCGCUAAUUUUCUCAAAUAUGUCUCAAAUUUUAUUUUAUUUUUUAGUUUUUUUUAAUAGUCACGGG